GUCGUCGGAGAGUUCCGCGUUCUCAUUCCUCAGUCGUAUUCCAUCGUCGAGAAGGGCGGCGUGGACUUGGACUACAGCCCGACGGAGAUGGUCUAUUUCGGCCGCGGCAGCCUGGGGCAGGAGGGUGUCCUGAAGGUGCUGGGGGCGGCCAAGCUGGUGUCCGCCAUUUGCGCCGUUCAAGGGGACAAGAUCCUUUUGGGUGGAUUGUCGCAGAGGAAGCUCGGUGCGGUCAUGGGCGCCAUCGAUGCCAUCAACGAGGAAGCGUGCAACAAUAUCAUGGAGCACAUGCCCGCGUCCUCGGAGGUGAGGAUCACAGCGGAUGAGCUCGGGGACUUGAACGUCCGCGCUUGCUGCAAGGACUCGCCCCUCUUCCAGGGCAAGUUCACGGGCGACUGCCGCGCCUUCAGUCCGCCCUUGGGCUUUCCCAUCCUUGCCUCGGCGGACCGCGAUCAGGCGCUCGACUGCCUGCUCCCGUUUUUCGAUGUCUCGGGCUCCGCGGGAAACUCGACGGCCGAGGCGGGCAAGGGGGGGCGCGUGUUCGAGCGCCGGCACUUGGCCGCAGGGGGCUUGAUCGAGCGCCGCAUCAAGCUGUG